CAGAGACUGCGGACACAGUACAGGGGAUGACCAGAGACUGCGGACACAGUACAGGGAUGACCAGAGACUGCGGACACAGUACAGGGGAUGACCAGAGACUGCGGACACAGUACAGGAGAUGACCAGAGACUGCGGACACAGUACAGGGAUGACCAGAGACUGCGUGGACACAGUACAGGAGAUGACCAGAGACUGCGGACACAGUACAGGGAUGACCAGAGACUGCGGACACAGUACAGGGAUGACCAGAGACUGCGGACAGUACAGGAGAUGACCAGAGACUGCGGACACAGUACAGGAGAUGACCAGAGACUG